AUGGCUUCGGAAGCUGCAGAGGCUCCUGAGACCGUCAAGGUCACAGCCGAGCAGCUGGGCAUCGCGGCCAUCGACCCUCUGGAGCAGCAGCUUGAGUUUGACCUCGGCAAUCUGACCGCCUUCGACCCGUCCCCCGUCGACGCCGCCGCCUACGCGCACCCGCACCGCGAUGCCACGUGCCUCGCCGCCGCCACCGCGAUGGCCCAGGCGCUCGUGUCGAAGCUCUUUGCGCUGCCGUCGGAGUCCGUCACCGGCGGCCGCCUCGUGCGGCUGCCGGCGCCGACCACGCAGCUGCCGCGGGAGAAGCCGGUGCCCAAGGUCAAGGCGAUGACGAAGUGGCAGCAGUUUGCGCAGAAGAAGGGCAUUGUCAAGCGCAAGCGCAGCAAGCUGGCGUUUGACGAGGAUGCGGGCGAGUGGAAGCGGCGGCACGGCUACAAGAAGGCGAACGACGAUGCGGCAGUGCCCAUUAUUGAGGCCAAGGCGGGCGACCAGCUCGGCGAGGACCCAUUCACGCGGCUGCGGCAGGAGAAGCGCGACCGCGUGAAGAAGAACCAGGCGCAGCAGCUGGCCAACGUGCAGGACGCAGCCAAGGGGGGCAGCGCGCUGCCGCCGACGCUGCGGCUGGCGGCGUCGCUGCCUGAGAAGGGGCGCAGCAAGCCCGUGAAGCGGAAGGAGCUGAAGGCAGAGAUCAAGGGCGCGUCGCGCCUGGCCGGCGUCUCGACGGCGAGCCAGGGCAAGUUCGACAAGCGGCUGGCCGGCGAGAAGGAAGGCGAGCGGUCGCUACUGGGCAAGCGGCGCAAGUUCCUGCCUGUCACUGACACGGCGGCGGAGAAGCGGCUCAUGUCGGGCGCGGCGGACAAGCUGCUCCGGGAGCGGGUGGACGACAUCUUGGACAUCCAAAAGGCGAUCGGCAAGUUCGAGGCGUCGGCGCGGGAGGAGCGGCGCGCUGGCAAGUCUGCAUCCGGCGGCGGCGACGACGGCGGCGGCGGGAAGAAGGGGAGGGGAGGCGGCGGCAGGGGCGGCGGCAGGGGGGGGGGCAAGAGCGGCGGCAGGGGCGGCGGCAGCGGCAAGAGCGGCGGCAGGGAUGGCGGCGGCAAGGGCGGGCUGAAGGCCAAGGGUGGCGUGAGCAAACGGGGCGGCGGCAAGGGCGGGCGCGGCAAGCGGUGA